GCAGGGAGGAAUCUCGCGAGCCAAUCACCGCUCGCUCUCUCCAGCCGGCGCGUUCCGUACGCGGUUUCGGACGUUUCAGUGCGUAAAAUUGCUUGAAACGAAAUGGAGUAUACACUGGAGGACGCCUUCGAGACGUUGAAAGACAAGAGGGCGGAGCGAGAAAAGAACAUAGAAGACUUGACGAACAUAAUAUCCAACAACGAAGCUUACGUCCUGAAGCCGUCCACUUCGCUGGAGGACGUGAAAACGAAGCAAAACAGACUGCGCGAGAGCCUGCUGAGAGAGAUUCAGCAAGUGGAGCCCGAGAAUUAUCCGAUUCCUAGGACGUCCGACUUGCGCGUGGAGGUGAUGACCGAGAUGGAGGAAGAGAUCCGCGACAUGCAAAAGCUUCUCGAUAGUCUCGAGCGUAACCUCUCUACUAUUCAGGAAGAUAUCGCAUACCUGAAAAACAAGAAAAGCGGCCUCGACAAGAUGCGAGAAGCUUACUUGAACGUCACCGAGACCUUUGCGAACAAGACGUACGAGAAGGAGCACGCCCUGACCAAGCGCAUAUUUCAAAAAGUGAAGGAUGACCUGCACACUGUGGUCGAUACGCUCUUCCCUGACAACGCUGGCUUCAAGGAAUUAUUAGCGGAAUUAACAUCCGCCUACUUGAAAGGUGGAGAUGACGUUUACAUCGACAUCACUCCAGACACCUUAAAGUACAUAAAUUUCCUAGUGGAAGCUGACAUAGCACAGUAUCAUCGUAAUGACAGGACUAGAAUUAGGAUGACCGAGUUGCUGUGAUAAAAACCUAAACUCUUGCGAUCUCGCGCUAACAAAGGCGCUAACAAACGCGAACAAAGAAAUGUCUUUUGAGAUUAUCGCAAUUUUGUACGAUUUCCAUAUUUAAUAUAUUUUUCUAAAUAAAAAGAACACGCCA